CUCUAUGUUCGUCUUUCUCAUUGGUUCCCUCUCUUUCCAACUCAUUCUCUCUCUCGCGCUCAUUUUCUUCUCUCUUUCUCUCUCUGUUGUUCCCACUCGACCACUUUGCCAUUCCACUUCCCGAGAGUCCGGCGCGCGCACGCGCGACUCUUCCCAGACGCACGCUUCGAAAGUACGGUGUUACGCGGCGAAGAGGACCGAUGUCAGUUUCGUGCCACCACGAGUCCGAAGAGGAGAGAGAGCGAGAGAGAAAAAAGAAAGAGAGGAACGCGCUCACCGAAAUGUCGUCUCAUCCUCGCGAGUUAUUCUCCCUCGUUCUAUCUCUUGUCGUCGAAGAUCAUCGUCGUUGUUCCUCUUCGAUCCUCAGUCGAUAAAUAUCUUCGCAAGAAAAUGACGGAAGUGUUAGCUCCUAGAAAAGAAAUGUAUCGGAACGCCUGUUAUCGCGGUGUGUACUCGCGAGUUUUUCACGGUGCACUUCGGGUGGACAAGUUUUAGGAUCACUCGGGAAAACGUCGACGUGAUAAGGAAACGAAUCUAUAUUCUCUGCCGAGGACAUUCUGCGCGGGAUAAGGAUAAAGAAAAAAGGAUAAGAAACAUCGAAGAAAGAAGGAAAAAAAAAGGAAUCUUGAAGAAAGAAGAAAGAAGACUAAAAGAAGUAUAAAAUAGAAAAAUGGAGUUGGUAUCGCUAACCUCAUCGACACCCUUGGCGUUGGCUUUGGCCCUGGCCUUUCUAUCAACGGCACGUCGUUGCGAUGGUGCAUCAGAAAGUAUCAUAGGAAGCAGGGAGACGUGCGACGUCGAGGGCGAAGAUUUCACCGUCGACAAGAUCCCGAACACAAGGUGUUUCAAUUGCAUUUGUAAGAACGGAUUCGUUGAGUGUUUGAAGCAUCAAUGUCCCAGUACCGAAGGUUGCUAUACCCUACUGGAAUCUCGAGACGACGAGUGUUGCCACAGGUGCAAAGGCUGCCUGCGAAACGGAGUUUAUCACGAGUCCGAGACAGAGUGGACCGAAGGAAAUGACCCAUGCCGGAUCUUCACUUGUAAAGCUGGGGUUAUCACCGAAUCUAGGCUACGAUGUUACACGCCUUGUUCGAAACCAAUACCAGCUGCGCCUGGACAAUGUUGUCCCGUAUGUCCAGGAUGUUACGUGAACGGUCAAAAAGUAACGGCAGAGAGAUCUGUCACCACAACGGAGGAUCCCUGCGUGACCUGUAGAUGUAACAUGGGCCGAUUAACUUGCGCCAAACAAGCCUGUCCCGUUCUUCAUUGUCCAGCUUCUAGAAUCGUUCAUGAAUCAGGAGAUUGUUGUCCUCAUUGCAAAGGCAGUGGAAGGUUCCUGUCACCUCCCAAAGGUGCUUGCAUGUUGGGUACAGCCGUUCAUAAUUCUGGUUCUCAAUUCUACGUCGACGAAUGUACGCGUUGCAUUUGUACCAACUCGGUGAUAUCGUGCACAAAGGAAACAUGUCCGGUAUUGGAAUGCACCAGCGAGCAUCAGAUAACGUUGCCGAGUCGUUGUUGUCCUCAGUGUCCUUUAGUCGAAGAAAGUCGGGCAUCUUGCACGUACGGCGGCAGAACUUAUGGGGAUGGCGAAACUUGGAAGCUUGAUUCCUGCAAGGCAUGCGCUUGCAUGCAGGGUAAGGUACGAUGUGCCAUGCCGAUGUGCCCACCAUUGAACCUACCGUGUCCACCGAACUCGAGAUUGGAGCAUCCCGAAGGACAAUGUUGUCCUCGUUGCGUGGAAAGUGACGGUGUGUGUACUGUGUUCGGUGACCCCCAUUACCGCACCUUCGACGGUAAAUUCUUCAGCUUCAAAGGCGCGUGCAAGUAUCAGUUGGCUAGCGACUGCGUCGGACAUACGUUUAGCAUACGCGUGACGAACGACGCAGGCUCGACGAGAUCUUCGGCUUGGACGAAAACGAUAGCCAUGAAGAUCGGCGAUCUGAAGGUGAAUCUGGGUCAGAAGAUGAAGGUAAAAGUGAACGGUAAGAAGGUCGACGUGCCGUACAGCGUGCCAAACAAGCUCGACGUUAACAGAACGGCCGACAGCAUAGUCGUAAACACGCAGAUUGGUAUCAAAGUUCUUUGGGAUGGUAUAAGUUUCCUUGAGAUAUCAGCGUCUACCUCCUACAGAGGUAGAUUGUGCGGUCUCUGUGGAAACUUUAAUUCUUUACCGAAAGACGAUUUCACGACACGACGUGGUAGACUCCUACAGGAUCCUCAACCGUUCGGUCAAUCCUGGGCGGUUGGAGCAAAGAAGAUGUGUGCUCGUCCGCGCACGGUUAAUCCAGAGAGGGAGAGACGUUGCAGAGGGAGGAAGGAUCAUCGAUUGUGCAAUCGCCUGAGGUCGCAGAUCUUUGAUCCCUGCCACAAGAAAGUCAAUCCAACUAUGUACUAUAAAGCGUGUCUUCAGGAUAUGUGCGAGUGCCCGACCGAGCACUGUUAUUGCGAGUCUUUCAUGGCGUACGUUCACGAGUGCAAGAGAUUGGGUAUACAGUUGCCACAUUGGAGGAAAUCGACGAGAUGUCGUACCGUUUGGGAUCAAUCGAAUGAUCCUGUGCCUUUGAACAAACGUUUGCAUUAACGUUUGCUUUUUCGCGAAAGAAGUCGAUGGACGAUAACGUGUAUAUUUUUUUUUUCCUUUUCUUUUCUUUUUCUCUUUUUCGUGUUUGUU